AAAAACACCAACAAUAACACAGUCAGACACUAUGAUGAAAUGUCAAAAAAUAAUCAAAAUAAAAAUAAUAAACCUGCUGUAAAUUCGUAUCAUAUUUUGCCUAAAGACAAAAAAAGGAGAAAAUAUUAUUGUUUUUUAUAUAUAAAGAUCAUAAAUUUUGCACAAAAACUAAUGAAAUAUAAUCGUGUAGAAGAAGCAGCAGACAGCCGUUUAAUGUUUCUUUAGGCAAUUUUAAGCGUAAAUAAGUCCGGGACACGGAGACAAUAAAAUACGCGGAAUACUAUUUAAAGUUCGUUGAAAGUUGUGCGUCGAACGGGGAUUUUUUUUAUAUAGUUAAGGACAUAAAUAAAAAGCUGUCUGCUCAAAUUACAAGUAAAAGUGUUUAAUAAUUGUGUGGAAAAUAUUACAAAAGAGUUCCUCAAUUUGAGGUAGCUUUAAUUUAGACAGCAAACCAUCAUAAAAUUUAAAGCUCAAUAAUGGCCAAUGAAGAUCCAGAAUGGCGUCAGACUUUAAUGAUACGUUUACGUGAACGUAAUCGUCGGGAUGUGGUGCCCUUUAAAGAAAUCAUACAACAAAACAAUCGCUUGAUGGACAAUGUGGCCCAGUUAAAAUCAGACAAUUUAAAACUUUCUGUUGAAAAUGAACAAUUACGCACGGCCAUCUCAACAGGUGGCGGCAUUGGUGGCAAAGAUAGCACAGCCGCCCAAUUGGCUAUUGCUGCCAUGGAGAAGAAACUGUUGGCCCAACAGGAAGAACUGACAGAUUUGCAUAAACGCAAAGGAGAAAAUUCUCAAUUAAUUGUAGAUCUUAAUAUUAAAAUGGAAAAGCAGCAACAAAUAGUAGCAGAAAAAGAACACAGUCUUGCUGACCAACAAACUGCCAAUAAUUCCUUAAAAGCUGAAGUUCAAAUGCUUAAAAGCAGUCUAGAAGAACUGAAAAAUCUCAAUACUACUCUAAGAGAUGAAUAUACUGCAUUGCAGUUGGCAUUUAGUGCUCUCGAAGAUAAACUAAGAGGAGUUCAGGACGAAAAUCGUUGUCUACUGGAACGUUUGAUGCGUUACAAAUCGAAGGAUGCUGAUAAAUUGAAUGAGGAAAACGAAAGCUUUUUAAGAAAAAGACUGCCGUCAAUUUUCAGAAAACGUUCGGAUAAACUUAAACGAGAUCUCGAAGACGCUGUCCGAGAACCAAAUUCACCCUUUACACAACAUCAUCGCAACUCCUCGAGUCCCUCGUUUCAAGGAGCGGGAGGCGGUGGUGAUCCGUACGACGACGACGAUCGUGACACCAGCAGUGGUGAUCAUUGCGUAGAGGCUGGCAGUGAUGCUGACAUGUAUGGCACACAAAAUGAGCAGUUUGGUGGUUUGGGUGGCAGUAAUAUAGGUGGUUAUGGCUAUUACAAAAGUGCCUGUCCCACCACCAUCCAUAUGAAAUUUGAAGCUCAUGAAACAGAAUCACAUGCGGUGCGUUGGAGUCCAAUUGAACGUGUCAUAGCAACGGGUGGUGCUGAUCGCAAGGUCAAGUUGUGGGAUGUGGGGAAGGGUUCUACUGAACCUCGUGCCGUUUUGGGCGGCAGUAGUGCUGGUAUUAAUUCCGUUGAUUUUGAUUCCACUGGUACCUAUGUAAUAGGCACCUCAAAUGAUUAUGGCGCACGUAUUUGGACCACAGGAGAUAAUAGAUUAAGGCACACUUUAACUGGCCAUAGUGGAAAGGUAAUGGCAGCGAAAUAUCUGCAAGAGCCGGUUAAAGUUGUGACCGGCAGUCACGAUAGAACCUUAAAAAUUUGGGACUUGCGUAGUAUAGCAUGUAUAGAGACGAAAUUUGCCGGUUCCAGCUGUAAUGAUCUCGUUACCACCGAUAGUUUAGGUUCGACAAUCAUAAGUGGUCACUACGACAAGAAGAUACGGUUUUGGGAUAUACGUACGGAAAAACAGGCCGAUGAUGUCUUGAUGAAUGCUAAAAUUACCUCAUUGGAUUUGUCAAAAGAUUGCAAUUACCUCAUAUGUUCAACACGUGAUGAUACUAUAAAACUUUUAGAUUUACGUAAAAAUCAAAUUAUUUCCACAUUUUCCGAUGAACACUUCAAACUAAGCUGUGAUUGGGCGCGUGCCUCUUUUAAUAUGAAUGCCACGAAGAUAGCGUGUGGCUCAGCGGAUGGUGCCAUUUACAUUUGGAAUAUUAUGGGUCAUUUAGAGGCUGAAUUAAAAGGACAUGCUUCUGGUUCUGGAUUUUUUCACAGCUCGGCGGUCAAUGCAGUUAGUUGGAGUCCCAAUUUCAAUGCUAUCGCAUCGGUGGGUAAAGGUAAAAAAUGUCUUAUAUAUACGGAGUCGUAGCUGGUAUUAAAGAGACUAAGAAAUUAUAUAUAUAACACGUUACAAAAUCCAAAACAAAUGAAAUACUGAAGUUGAAAUAUAAUAAAUCCAAAUAGAAUUUAACAAUAAUGUACUGGUAUUUCCCACACGAAAGAGAGAGAGAGAAAUAGAGAAAUGCAAACAUGUGAAAUGAAUAAUGAGUUAAACGUUGAUAACUGCAAUGAAAAUUCUUUUAAAGAAAUGGAAUUUUAAUUUAAGAAUAUUUUUGUAUUAAACGAAUUCUUGGUAAAAAGAAUUUAAAAAAAAACUUAAAAAUUUUUCAAAAUUUUAAUUAAUUUAAGUCUGUUUAUUAUUAUAAUUUAUAAAUUAUUAUAAAAAAUCACAAGCAAAAACAAUUUGGUCAAAAUCAUGUAUUUCUUCAGUUAAGACGAAUUUAAAUUUCUUAAUACAUACAUAUGUACUACUAUAAUUUUUUUUAUAUAUAUACAAGUCUUCAAAGUCUUCUAUUUCGAAAAUUAAACAUCACUGUACAUUUUUUUUAUUAUAAAAACUGAAAAAUAAAAAAAAAACAUUAUUAUAUAUUUAAAAAAAAAACAAAAAAUUUCUUUAUAGAUUUUUUUAUGUACUCUAAAUAAAGAAAUUGUAUACAUUUCAUAGAUAUAGUACAAUUGAUAGGAAUAACAACAGCUACACCACAAACAACCAACAUCUAACAGCAAAUAGUAGGAGUAGCUGCUGAAUAACUCGCUCUUCUUUUCAUCUCUAUCUUCAUUGUUGGCUGUAUUAGCACUGGUACUCGCAUAAUGGGCCAACGAUUAAUUUCAAACAAUAAAUUUUGAACUGUAACUGUAACACAACCAUUUAUUGUUAAACAUACUUUUAACUGAAUAUAUUCAUCC